UGACAUACUGUCGUUUAUAUGACAUGCCGCGACGCGAUGACGCCUUGGUUUUCUCUUUCUCUUUGACAUUUUGUUGAAGACGAACGUUUUGUUCUGUAUCGGCAUUACACGUUUCGUGUCGUUAGGACUUAAAAAAUGCGUUACGUGGCCGCGUAUUUACUGGCUGUGCUUGGUGGGAAGGCAGCCCCCGUUGCCGCUGAUGUUGAGAAGAUCCUCAGCUCAGUGGGCAUUGAGGCCGAUACUGAGAAACUGAAGAAGGUCAUCGCCGAGCUAAAUGGCAAGAGCGUGGAGGAGCUGAUCGCACAGGGUCGCGAGAAGCUGUCGUCGAUGCCGGUGGGUGGCGCCGCGCCAGCUGCUGCUGGCGGUGCUGCGCCGGCAGCCGCCGCCGCUGAAGAGAAGAAAGAAGAAAAGGAGACCAAGAAGGAAGAGUCUGAAUCUGAGGAUGAGGACAUGGGCUUCGGUCUCUUCGAUUAAAUGCAUUUUUAAAGUGUACGCGGCAUUCGCGCUCGUUAUUCCAGUUUUGGUGUAAGCGUAACCUGACGGCAAUUAUGUUUCUAUGAAAUAUAUUUGCGGAAAAUUUUA